GGAGGGCCCUCAGGGGCUGUGCCGGACUCGGCUCGGGAAAGGCGAACUGGCGACGGGCUCGCUUUUGUUCGCGUUCUGGGGAUCUUUGUGUGCGUGCACCCCGAAGCCGUGCCUGCAGAUAACUGCCCUCGGUGCACUGUGAGGGGUGUUCGCCUUCACCCCCUCCCUCGGGGCUGCUCAGAGGCCUGUCUCCUUUUUUUUCGGGGAAAGGAUGGAAGUGUGGGUGUGGGAGUGCCCGUGGAAAUUAUUUAAUAUUUCAGGGGUGAACGCUGAGACAGGUGUGAGGAGCUGACCAGGUAAACAGGUCAUGGCACGCCUCACGAAGAGACGACAGGCAGAUACAAAGGCUAUCCAGCAUCUUUGGGCAGCUAUAGAAAUAAUCCGGAACCAGAAGCAAAUUGCUAACAUUGACCGUAUUACAAAGUAUAUGUCUCGAGUCCAUGGUAUGCAUCCAAAAGAAACCACACGUCAGCUGAGUUUAGCAGUCAAGGAUGGUCUCAUUGUGGAAACCCUGACAGUGGGGUGUAAAGGGUCAAAAGCUGGUAUUGAACAAGAAGGAUAUUGGUUGCCAGGAGAUGAGAUUGCCUACGGUAUGCAGCCUUUUUCCCAGACAGCAGCAAAAAACAAGGACUGGGAAACAGAAAAUCAUGACUGGUAUUGUUUUGAAUGCCAUAUGCCUGGAGAGGUGUUGAUAUGUGACCUGUGUUUUCGUGUGUAUCAUUCCAAGUGUUUGUCUGAUGAGUUCAGGCUUAGAGACAGCAGUAGUCACUGGCAGUGCCCAGUUUGCAGGAGUAUCAAGAAGAAAAACACGAGUAAACAAGAGAUGAGCACAUACCUGCGAUUCAUAGUGUCCCGCAUGAAGGAGCGGGCUAUAGAUCUAAACAAGAAAGGGAAGGACAACAAACACCCAAUGUAUCGAAGGCUGGUGCACUCAGCUGUUGAUGUUCCUACUAUACAGGAGAAAGUAAAUGAAGGAAAGUACAGGAGUUAUGAGGAAUUCAAAGCAGAUGCUCAACUGCUUCUACACAACACAGUGAUUUUCUAUGGAGCGGACAGUGAACAAGCUGAUAUAGCAAGGAUGCUUUACAAAGACACCUGCCAUGAACUGGAUGAGCUGCAGCUUUGCAAGAACUGUUUCUAUUUGUCAAACGCAAGACCUGACAAUUGGUUCUGCUAUCCUUGUAUACCUAAUCAUGAGUUGGUUUGGGCCAAAAUGAAAGGCUUUGGGUUUUGGCCAGCCAAAGUCAUGCAGAAAGAGGACAAUCAAGUUGAUGUUCGCUUUUUUGGCCAUCACCACCAAAGGGCCUGGAUCCCCUCUGAGAACAUCCAGGACAUCACGGUGAACAUCCACCGGCUGCACGUGAAGCGCAGCAUGGGCUGGAAGAAGGCCUGCGAUGAGCUGGAGCUGCACCAGCGCUUCCUCCGCGAGGGGAGAUUCUGGAAAUCAAAGAAUGAGGACAAAGGGGAAGAGGAGGCAGAGUCGAGUAUCUCUUCCACUAGCAAUGAGCAACUGAAGGUUACUCAGGAACCAAGAGCAAAGAAAGGACGACGUAACCAGAGUAUGGAACUCAAGAAAGAAGAGCCAGAACCUGAAACUGAAGCAGUAAGUUCAAGCCAGGAAAUUCCCACAAUGCCUCAGCCCAUUGAAAAAGUUUCAGUCUCAACUCAGACCAAGAAGUUAAGUGCCUCUUCUCCAAAAAUGCUGCAUCGGAGCACCCAGACCAGUAAUGAUGGAGUGUGUCAGAACAUGUGCCAUGACAAAUACACCAAAAUCUUUAAUGAUUUCAAGGACAGGAUGAAAGCUGAUCACAAAAGAGAAACUGAGAGAGUUGUGCGAGAGGCAGUGGAAAAGCUGCGUACAGAGAUGGAAGAAGAGAAAAGGCAGGCUGUAAACAAAGCUGUGGCCAAUGCACAAGGAGAGAUGGACAGAAAAUGUAAGCAGGUAAAGGAGAAGUGCAAAGAAGAAUUUUUAGAAGAAAUUAAGAAACUAGCAGGUCAGCACAAGCAACUGAUUUCCCAGACCAAGAAGAAGCAGUGGUGCUACAACUGUGAAGAGGAGGCCAUGUACCACUGCUGCUGGAACACUUCCUACUGCUCCAUCAAGUGUCAGCAGGAGCACUGGCAUGCCGAACACAAACGCACCUGCCGCAGGAAAAGAUGAAAGAGUCGCUGCCCCCCUAGAGCACCACCCCAAUGAUUGCUAUUCUCAGACAGAGCGGUUUUUGUUUCCAAAAAAAGAGAAAAAAAAAAAGCCAAAAUUGUUUAGAAUUUGCUUCCCAUUUUGCACCAGCCUUUAAACACUUUUCGUAAAAGAAAUUUUGCACAGUUAUUUCAGUCUUCUGUUAAAAAUGCUCCUCCAAAAUUUUGUCAGCAAAAUGAAUUGAACAUCUGUGGGAGCAGGUUACUUCAAAUAAUUUUAAACUAGAGGAUUUGUUGCAUUUUCAGCAAAUUUUAAGACAUUUUUAGGUUUUACAGAGGUUUUAAUCUUUAAAAACAGCAGAUCUAAAAACAAAAAAUGAUGCAAGUUUAACAAAAGGAACAUUUAAAAACUAGUUCUGAAUGUAAGAAAUACAGAACUGUUUCAGAAAAAGAAAGCAUACUACCUUGAUGUAACAUUUAUUUCUUAACCUUGUUGAGCUGGUUUUGUUCAGCUUAAUUUUACUGUUUAAAGGCAUUAUCUAUUGGUUAUACCAGUGGGUACAUGAUUGAAUUUAGGGAACAGGGUUGACACAGCAGGUGCUAGUCCUGCGUAUUUUUUCUUAAAUAUUUCCCAACUGUGUUUUAUUUUCAUUAUUUCUUUUCAAUAUAUAACUUUUAUAACAAAAUAUUAGCUUUGAUCUUGUAGUUUAAAAUCACAGGGAACUGGGGUAAUCUUUUACUGAGCUGGAUCUUAGAGAAAAAUGAAUAUUUAAAUUUUGAAGUUUGCACAUUUCAUCUUUGUUCUAACAUGAGUGCUUAUAACAAGAAUAAGAAAAGCCAAAAAAAAAAAAAAAAAAAA